AUGUUUUAUCAUUUUUUAAAAUGUUGUCUUCUUCCCGAACAGACAAUCAUGACCACGUACAAGGAUAAGGGAGUAAAACCUGAAGGUGGUAAAUUUUUAAGCUUCGACCAUAUUACAUUUUGGGUUGGAAAUGCUAAACAAGCAGCAAGUUAUUAUUGCACAAGAUUAGGUUUCGAACCUCUUGCUUACAAAGGGUUGGAAACAGGUUGUAGAAAAUAUGCCACCCAUGUCGUCCGACAGAACAAGAUUAUUUUUGCUUUCGUGUCUGCAUACGAACCUUACGAUAAAGAAUUAAGUGAUCAUCUUGUAAAACACGGUGAUGGCGUCAAAGAUGUGGCAUUUUCCGUCGAAGAUUUGGAUACAAUUGUUAAAGUUGCAAGAGAAAGAGGUGCUAAAAUAUUAAGAGAUAUUUGGGAAGAAAGAGAUGAAUAUGGAAUGGUGAGAUUUGCUGUUGUUCAAACGUAUGGAGAUACGACUCAUACUCUUAUCGAAAGAUCCAAAUACAAAGGAUUAUUUCUUCCAGGUUUUUUCAAACCGAUUCAAAAGGAUAAUUUAUCAUGCAAAUUAGCUCCAGGACUUUUAGAUUUUGUUGAUCACGUUGUUGGAAAUCAACCGGAUUCUGGAAUGGAACCUUCUGCUAACUGGUACGAAAAAAAUCUUAUGUUUCAUAGAUUUUGGUCCGUCGAUGAUACUCAAUUACACACUGAAUAUUCAGCAUUGAGAUCAAUUGUUGUGACUAACUGGGAAGAAACGAUCAAGAUGCCAUUAAACGAACCGGCAAAUGGGAAAAAAAAAUCACAAAUACAAGAAUAUGUCGAUUACUACGGUGGAGCUGGAGUCCAGCAUAUAGCUCUGAACACACACGAUAUAAUAUCAGCAAUAAGAAAUUUAAAAAGUCGCGGAAUGGAAUUUUUGGAAGCACCUGAUACUUACUACGAAACACUCAGACAACGUUUAAAAGAAGACAAUAUUAAAAUAAAAGAAGAUUUAAAUACUUUACAGGAAUUGAAAAUAUUAAUCGAUUAUGAUGAAAAUGGGUACCUCCUACAAAUUUUCACGAAAAAUAUGCAAGAUCGUCCGACAUUAUUUUUGGAAGUUAUUCAACUAACAACAAUCCCAUGUGGUCUAGUGGCUAGGAUAGCUGGCUUUCACCCAGCAGGCCCGGGUUCGAUUCCCGGCAUGGGAAAUUUUUUUUUCUCAUUUAAAUCGUAUUGUACAUGA